CAAAACCCUAGCUAUCACUUGUCAAAAGAAUCUCAGCCGUUGAUUUAUGUCUCUCUAGGGUUUAAUACCGCGCUCUUUUAUACCUUCUCUCUCCCUGCAUUGACAGAGCCGUCUCGCCCUCUCUCCGUCUCCCUCUCUGUCUCAGAUCGAGCUCUCACAAUGGCCUUUGUCAAGGCUCAGAAAACGAAGGCAUACUUCAAGCGGUACCAGGUCAAGUUUAAGAGAAGGAGAGAGGGGAAGACUGAUUAUAGGGCCAGAAUCCGCCUUAUUAAUCAAGAUAAGAACAAGUACAAUACCCCAAAGUACCGGUUUGUUGUGCGAUUUUCUAACAAAGAUAUCACUGCACAAAUUGUAUCCGCCAGUAUUGCUGGUGAUAUGGUUCUUGCUGCUGCUUAUGCCCAUGAGCUUCCUCGUUAUGGGCUUGAAGUUGGUCUUACAAACUAUGCUGCAGCCUAUUGUACUGGGCUUCUUCUGGCCCGCCGGCUCCUGAAAAUGCUUGAAAUGGAUGAUGAAUAUGAAGGCAAUGUAGAGGCUACCGGUGAGGAUUUCUCUGUCGAGCCUACUGAGACCAGGAGGCCAUUCCGUGCUCUCCUUGAUGUUGGACUCAUCAGAACUACAACUGGAAAUCGUGUUUUUGGAGCCCUCAAGGGUGCAUUGGAUGGUGGGCUUGAUAUUCCUCACAGUGACAAGAGGUUUGCUGGCUUUUCAAAGGAAAGCAAACAGCUUGAUGCUGAGGUUCAUCGCAAGUAUAUCUAUGGUGGCCAUGUGGCUGCAUACAUGAGGACCUUGAAGGAAGAUGAGCCUGAGAAGUAUCAGUCUCAUUUCAGUGAAUACAUCAAGAAAGGAAUUGAGGCAGAUGACAUUGAAGCCCUUUACAAGAAGGUGCAUGCUGCCAUCCGUGCAGAUCCAACAGCAAAGAAAUCAGAGAAGCAGCCACCCAAGGAAAUCAAGAGGUUCAACCUGAAGAAGCUCACAUAUGAAGAGAGGAGGGCGAAGUUGAUUGAACGGGUGCAGGCCCUUAACAGCGCAGUUGAAAGCGACGACGAAGAUUGAAGAGUGCAAUUGCUAGGGUUAAGAAAGGAUAUUUUUACUCCAGCACGAAGCUGCAUUCUUUCAGUUUUGUUUAAACCUGUUAAAUUUUCAAAUAUUUUAGUUUAUUUUUGGGUAAUAUUUCUGCCAUUUGGGUUUUCUAUUUUUCUAGAUGACAAGAAGAUUUUGGAACAUUAGCUCGGUAUUAAAUGCAAUUUUAAUUUUCUGUUUCUUAGUCC